CCCUCUCUCCCUCGCCGCUCACGCGCUUGACCACUCUCUCUGGACGAACCAUGGAUCAACAACAGUUCUAAUCUCUCUCUAAAGUUCAUUUGUUUCUCUCUGUAGAAAAUUUUCAAAGGUUUGUCUAGAUUUUUGAACGACUCUCUCUUUCUUUGGAUUGGAUCGUGAUGGUUGGGGAGUGGAUUGACGGAGGUGAUCUAUGGAUGGACAAGGCUCGGUCACUGCAACUUCGGUUCAGGGACCGUUUCAGAGUCGCCGUCGAUCGGCACCGUCGCCGUCAGAGGCUCACCGACGGUUACUUCUCGUCGACGAUGCAACGAUGGAUGCAACGCUUCAGAAAAUUUCGCACAGAUUCCUUGCCUUCUUCCUCGGUUUUCUAUCGCAAAAGAGUUAGUAUGGAAAUCGAUGGAGAAGAAGAUUCCAUUCUCACUCGCAUGCUUCAGGUUGUGGCCGUUCCUGUUCUUGGAAACGUUUGUCAUGUUUUCAUGAAUGGCCUUAAUCAUGUCCAGAUAUACGGUGCAGAAAAACUACAUCAGGCAUUGCUGCACAGACCGAAGAAUAAGCCUCUCAUUACGGUGAGCAACCAUGUUGCUUCUUUGGAUGAUCCACUAGUUAUUGCUUCACUGCUUCCAAAAAGUGCUCUAUUUAAUCCUCAUAGCUUGAGAUGGACACUUUGUGCUACUGAUCGAUGUUUCCGUAAUCCAGCAACAUCUGCUUUCUUUAGAUUUGUCAAAGUUUUACCUGUUUCUCGUGGUGAUGGGAUUUAUCAGAAGGGGAUGGACGUGGCUAUCUCAAAAUUGAAUCGUGGUGGAUGGGUUCACAUAUUCCCAGAAGGUAGUCGUUCUCGAGAUGGUGGAAGAACCGUGGGGUCUGCGAAGAGAGGAGUUGGAAGGUUGGUCUUGGAUGCAGAUAAUAUCCCCAUGGUUGUCCCAUUUGUGCAUACAGGGAUGCAAGAGAUCAUGCCUAUUGGAGCCACGUUUCCCCGGAUUGGCAAGACAGUGACGGUGCUUAUUGGUGAUCCUAUACAUUUUGAUGAUUUACUAAAUAUGGAAGAGGAUGGAAGAAUAUCAAGAGGGAACUUAUAUGAUGCUGUAACUUCAAGAAUUGGCCAGCGACUACGGCAAUUAAAACACCAAGUAGACAGAUUGGCCCUUGAACAAUCACAAGAUUCCACAGAAACCGAGUCGGAGUAUCUUUAUCCUGAAGAUGAUUCCACAUCACCGGGACAUGAUUUCCAGGCGGAACAAAAGAUGAACAAGAUUCAUCAGAAACAGUCCGAUUCAAUGGGUUUCUCAUAUGAAAGUGGAAUGGUGUCAAGAAUCCGAGGCUAUAUGGACCCGAGUGAACUCAUGGGAUUUGCUGCCCGAGGCUUGUUUAUGAGUCAGAGGACAAAUGAGAAUAUAAUUGGUGAUCAAGGGGUUGGACCCUUGAGGGCAUUGAAUAACUUCUGGAAAUUAGUAUAUGACAAUAGUAGAAUUCCUGUCCCAAUGGUGACUGUGUAAUUAGAGAUUUUGGUUUCUGUAUUCAUAUGGAUGAAGAAGAUAGUAGUAGUUACAGCAGUUUUGACCCGGUUUAUUCGUAGGUUCUGUGAUGGGUUUGGAAACCUUAGCUUGGGCUUGCUCGGGUUGUUUGUGAGUGGGCAUGGUUUGUCUCAGCCUAGUGAGCUCAUAAUUUUUCUUUGUUUACUUUCUUCGAACAUUUGUUUUUUAUUAUGAAAGUGGCACAUUGGAGUGUCUUGGACAAGCCAAAUAAAAGCUAAUGCUAUGUUAGAGACGGA